AUGCAUCUCGCGAGGGUGCUCUCCGCCACGUGUCGCAAUGCGUUGAAGCAGCGCAGCACCGUGGCUUUACCGCCAUCGCUGCCCGUAUCACUGCAGCAGCAGCGGCGGCACCAGAGCGGGCAGCAGAGCGGGCAGCAGAGCGAGCAGCAGAGCGGCCUCGCGGAUUUCUUCGAACAGGGUCGCACGCCCGACGCGCCCGUCACUACCGGGCGCGGGUGGCAGGCGUGGGAGCUGCGGCACAAGUCGUUCGAGGACCUACACGGGCUGUGGUACGUGCUGCUCAAGGAGAAGAACCUGCUCUACUCGCAGAAGCAGAUGCUGCAGUCGCAGGGCCGCCGCAUGGUGCAGCCCCACCGCAUCCGCCUCGUGACCCUUGGCUCUACCACUGCAUCCUCUUCGUCAUGCCCCCCCUCUUUCCCCCUCCCUCCUUUUCCAACUUCUCCCCCUCGCCCUUGCCCGCUGCCCCUUCCCUGGCUAUAUCCCUCCCCUCCUCGCCCUUCCACUGCCCCCACCUUCGCUAUGUCCCGUCGUGUCCACUGUGAACGUCCUUUUUGUUCCUUCUUUCCCUUCUCCCUCCUCCUCGCCCUCUCUCCCCUUCACUUCUCUCCCUGUUUCCCUCCUCCCCCCUCCUUCGGCCCCCCUUUCAAGGCUUCCUUCCUUGCAUUUCUUGUUCCUCGUUCCUAA